UUCAUCAAAGAGUCAUUUGAUUCAAAUGAAAUUCAAAGAAAAUAUCCGUGUGCAGCUGCGGGUUUUCAUCGAGCGAGGAAACGUUCUGGAAAUGUUCUCGGUGCACACCUCGGCCCAGUAGUCCUUUUACUGAAAUAAUGCACGUUCUCAAGAAAGGGAGAAAACGCAACGAGAGCCACGUGGAGAGAAGACACGAAGGAGGUGCGAUACACGCCGUGUCGUCGCCAGGGAAAGAGGACGACGAACGAGAACGAAGGAGGUGGAGAGAACCAUGAAGCUGAUGAUAGCUUUGGCAGUGUUGUGCUGCCUGGCAAUCGGGACGCUCGCAACGCCGGUGCCAAAAAUUUCCACGGAGAAAACGUCGCAUCAGAAUGUCCUGGCGGCUGGUAGACAAGCUGCACAACCGCCAGCAGCAACCGCCGAGGACGACGACGACGACGACGACGAUGACGACGACGACGACGUCGACUUUGAAAUUCCAGGCGACGACGACGAUGACGACGAUGACGACGACGACGACGACGAUGACGACGACGACGAUGAUUCCGAUUAUUUGGAACGUUUCAUCGAGGAUAUAUUAGGUGAAGAGGACGACGACGACGACGAGGACGAAGCCACCCCUGUGGAGCCUGCGGCGCCAGCCGCAAUAUCAGCGGCGGCGCCACCUCCUUCGUCCGCGCUUCCAGCGGCUGUUGAAGCCGAUUUGAAUGCCGCCGCGCAAGAAACAGAGCACGCGGCUGAAACGAUCGCGGAGAGCACCGCUGUCGAGAACGACUCGACGGCUGCCGAGGAAGACGAAGGGAACGCCGUGGGCGAGGGUCAAGCGGUCUCCGGUAUUCACGAGACCGGGCUCGAAGGUGCGGAAUCCGUGUCGAAUCCCGUUCAAGUCGCCGCCGUGUCGACCAACGAGGCAGACACCGAGGACGACGACGACGAUGACGAUGACGACGACGACGAUGUCGAUCUGGUGUACACCGAGGAUGACGACGACGACGACGACGACGAGGACGAGGACGAGGAUGAUGAGGACGACGAGGACGACGUGGACAGCAUCACUGACAUCGCUGGCGCCAGGCAAGCACGGAUGAUGCAGUCGGGACCAAGCAACGACGUGUCGACGAUUUACGUGGCGAAGUAUAAUCGUUUCGUGGACAAUAUCUUGGGCAGGAUUAACAAAAUCUUGCGCAGCAAUUACGAUCCGGUGACGGUGAAGUUGAGCAACGCGAAUUCAAGAUUGAAGUCUAACAAGCAGAAGAGCAAGAACAAGACGAAGAAGAACAGUAGCAAGACCGGGACGAAAAAGAGCCAUUUGGGAAUGGUUUCGGUGACUACGGACAAAAUUACUCAUGAAAUUUCUGAAAACACGCAGAAAACGCUAGAGUCUGCUGAAAACAUAACUGUGCCGGUUGCGACUGCCGAGAAGGAAGCAGUUCCAACAACUAUCGUCUCUGAAAUUGCAAGUAGAUCAAAUGUGGAAACAAGUACGAGAUCUACAAACAGACGAGUAUCUAAUUCAAAUAGCAAGAAGACAAAUAAAACUCGCGGUGGAACGAAGAAUAAAACGAAACAGACUAGCAGUAAUAAAAACAAGACAAAGAAAAGUAAACCAAAGGCAAGUGCCACACUUUACGGACUUGCGAGUCUUCAAAGAUCAGGAGACGUAUCGGUGAACAUGAUGAGCGAUCACACCAUGAUCAAAACAAGAUUUAUUCUCGGCCCUUUGAUACUAAAAGUUGAAAAGGAAUUUGGUAGGGCUGCGAAGAAGGAAUUGAGAAGCGCGACUGCCACUACUGCUGAAAUGUCGGGGAAGCUAAGUCUUCGAGUUCUUCAUGGUGGCUCAGCUACCCUCAAUUCCAUUCGCGUUUUGCAACCUAAACAGGUGCGAGUGGAGAGCGCCGACGACCACGACAGAACGCGCGAAUUUGUCUGGAAGAGAUCAUCGCACAUCGCCCAUUUAGUCUCUGAGAAAUUAUCGUCAGCCACAAGGUCGAUGCUUCGACCUCCACCUGUUGCAGUCGUUGCUGCUUAAUUCUUUCAUCACCGCCUCAUCGUCGAUUUUAAUGGAAACCAUAAUCAUCAAGAAUAGACGCCGCUUUCCUUUUUUUUUUUACUUUUCUCUUCAAUCUCUAUUUGCAAGAGCAAUCUCUUCUCUUAUGAUAUUUGCAUUGUACGUUUGGUUUUAUGGCUGUUUGUUCCCCAUCUGAAAGAACAUCCAUUCUGUUAUUUCGUGAAUGCUUUUCAAAUGAAUCAGUAUGUUGAUUAUGUUGGAUAUAGAAGAAUAUAGGUCGUAAGGGAAUAUAUCGGUUUGAAAAUGUAAUAUUCAAUAGUGUAAUUAGAACGUCAAUGAAUGCAUUUCAAUUCCCUGUUUUGGCUCUCUGAAUACUUAGGUAUUUUAUUAAAGAAUGGUAAUGUUGAAUUUAAAUUUUGGAUACGUUAACAGAUUAAUUUGUUAUCACUGUUGUGACUGUUGUGUACAUGUAUCAUCAUUAAUUAACGAUGGUAAAUAUUGAUAAAGUACAGAAAAAAAUAAGAAUGUAAACUGAUGGUGAAUUAACGUGACGUAUCUCACUUCUCUAAAUUUACAGUUUUCGUUCUGCGUUAGAUACCAAUUUACAUUUUUAAAUAUACAAUUUAUCGAUUCAUCCAUUCUUUCCUGAAUAUUAGGAAUUCCAAGAGUCAGCAAAUAGCAAAUCGUUUGUCAUUUCUUCAUUUCAAUCACGAUACUUUUU